CCCUGUGGGAUCAGGGGACACUGGGGGGUCUCUUUGGGAAUGGGAUUCCCCCACGUGGGAUCCGCUGCCCACGGGCACGGGCAGGGCUAAUCCUGACACCUCCUCCCCCCAGAGCAGGGGAAGGACACCCCAGGAUUACCCCUGGGGAAAGCAGGGAGGUAAAUAAUCCUAUUACCCCUGGGCAGGAUAAAUCUCCCUCCCCGAAAAGCCCCCCAGAGCAUCUCCAGGCCGGAGGGAGCCGGGCUGGGCGGAGGGAGCAGCUCUGGAGCCGGGAUCGCGGCACUCUGUGAGUCAGGGGAGGGGACAGGGGGGUCUUUGCUCUCCAGGAGCAUCCAGGAACAUCUCCUGGACUGGGAUCCUUGUUCCCAGAGCCGUGCCCAGCUCUGCAGCAGGGCCAAAUCCCCCACACCGAUCCCAGCCAGGGUUUGUGCCCCCAAAUUCCCACUCCUGGUGCCAUGGGCCAUCCCCUGUUCCCCCUUCCCAGCCUGGGGUACCCCACACCGACCUGGGCAAGCCACGGAGGGUCCUGGCAGUGCUCUGAGGGGUGCCAGGUGUCACUGGGGUGGGGACAGGGCAGGGAGCAGCAGCAGCCUUGGGAUGCCCCUCCUUGCCUUUGGGGUUAACGCUGAGCUGGGCUCAGCCAUUGUGGGGAGGGGGCUCUGCAGAGCCCGGCAGGGGCUGGGUGGGAGGAGAAGCUGGUGGCCCCAUUUCCCUCCAGCGGGUGCGAGGAGCCGUCCUGUGCCAGCGCUGAGUUCUGGGGAACGCUGUGAGCUCUGGGGAGCACCGUGAGCCCCAGGGAGCACCCUGAGCUGUGGAGAACACUGUGAGAUCCAGGGAACGCUGUGAGAUCCAGGGAGCACCGUCAGCCCUGGGGAACACUGUGAGUUCUGGGGAACACCGUGAGUUCCAGGGAAGCCUGAGGAGCACCGUGAGUUCCAGGAAGCACCGUCAGCCCCAGGGAGCACCGUGAGGAAUACUGGAACGCCGUGAGCCCAGGGGAACUCUGUAAGCCCCGGGGAACACCGUGAGCUCCAGGGAACGCCGUGAGCCCAGGGGAACUCUGUAAGCCCCAGGGAACACCGUGAGCUCCAGGGAACGCCGUGAGCCCCGGGGCUGCCAGCCAUGAGCCUGGAGCCCCCCAAGCUGGAGGUCAAAUCGGCCACCAGGGUGAGCGGGGGUCCCGCCACCCCCCGCAAGGGACCCCCCAAGUUCAAGCAGAGGCAGACGAGGCAGUUCAAGAGCAAGCCCCCCAAAAAGGGGGUGCAGGGGUUUGGUGACGACAUCCCCGGCAUGGAGGGGUUGGGAACAGACAUCACUGUCAUCUGUCCCUGGGAAGCCUUCAGCCACCUGGAGCUGCACGAGCUGGCUCAGUACGGAAUCAUUUAGGAUUUGAGCAGGCUCACCAGCCCUGUAGUGCUGUGUAGAUCAAGGCCCCCUACCCAUGCUGGGGAAGGGGGGCUCAGCUUGGAAAAAUGCUAAUUAAACCCUAACGAACACA